GUCCCCCAUGAAUGGCUUAUCUUUCUUAGAUUUUCGAUUUCCGUGUUAAACAAGUCUCUACUCUCUUCCCUUUCCUUCACCCACAGGCUAUCUCAAUUUCCCCCAUUUUCACUUUACUUCACUUCCAAUCUUCUCAAUUCUAAUAUCUAUCUAUUUGUUUCUGUAUUGGGUAUUCUUAAAAAAUCUCAUUUUUACAUUCUUGGCUUUCUGGGUGUGUCUAGUUUUGUUUUCUUUUUAAUUUUGAGGCUAAGAAAUGGAGCAAGAAGGGUCACUGGUGGUGGCGGCAGCGGCAGGGGCUGUAACGGUGGCCGCUCCGGCACCGGCGCCGACGUCUUUGGCGCCGGGGUUCAGGUUCCAUCCGACGGACGAGGAAUUAGUGAGGUACUAUCUGAGGCGAAAGGCAUGUGGGAAGCCAUUCAGGUUUCAGGCUGUUACUGAAAUUGAUGUUUACAAAUCUGAACCUUGGGAGCUCGCAGAAUAUUCAUCGCUGAAGAGCAGAGAUCUAGAGUGGUACUUUUUCAGCCCUGUGGAUAAGAAGUAUGGUAACGGUUCUCGACUUAACCGAGCCACUGGCCAAGGCUACUGGAAAGCUACUGGGAAAGAUCGUUUUGUUCGCCAUAAGUCUCAGACCAUUGGAAUGAAGAAAACACUUGUUUUCCAUAGUGGUCGAGCUCCUGAUGGCCAGAGAACAAAUUGGGUAAUGCAUGAGUACAGGCUUGCAGACGAAGAAUUGGAGAAGGCUGGGAUCGUGCAGGAUUCCUUUGUGCUCUGUAGAAUCUUUCAAAAAAGUGGUUUAGGACCGCCAAAUGGUGACAGAUAUGCACCAUUCGUUGAGGAGGAAUGGGAUGAUGAUAUAGCCGUGAUUCCUGGAGGAGAGCUGNCUGACGAAGUUGAAUUUGGAGAUGAUAUCUAUUUAGAUGGACAUGACCUUGAGCAGAUUCUUGGGACUGACACACCUGUGGAUGGUGCUCCACCUCCUUUCAACCGCUAUUGCGAGGAAAAUGCUAGCAACAGUGGGGGAACAAGUUACUCCUUUGAAGAUACAGAAAAAUGGCUUCAGCCACCAGACGAGCAGGAAUCAUUUGAUCCUGCAAUUGAAGAGAAUGCGAGUGCAAAUCCAGUCAAGCAUGAAUUCAUGAGUGAACCAAGCAAGAAUGUGAACUCUGAAGAUGUGGAUUACUUGUUUAAUGAACCAAUUGAAACUGCAACUGAUACCCUUCAAUUCAAUGAUGGGGCAUUCCUUGAAGCUAGUGAUCUAUCAAGACCCAUUGAUACGUCAAGUUUUGACAUGCUUGAGGAGUACCUUACAUUCUUUGAUGCAGACGAUGACUUCCAGAAUAUGGGUUUCAAUCCACCAAUGAUGAUUGGAGGUGAUGAUCAUGUUUCUGACUUAGCAUCUCUGGCUGACAAGAAUAUUGGCGAGGUAGCUGACCAACCUAUUGCACCCAGUGAAGAGCCUACCGAUCAGAAGACCAAUGUUGCAUCAUCCUCGAAACUGGAACCAUCUAAAUUUGGAUCAGAUUAUAAGUAUCCAUUUAUGAAGCAGGCAAGCUGCAUGUUGGGGGGUAUUCCUGCUCCUCCUGCAUUUGCUUCAGAGUUCCCUUCAAAAGAUGCAGCUUUCCGUAUGAAUUCUUCCUCAGAAGCAUCCAGUUCAAUCCAUGUCACGGCUGGUUAUAUUCAAAUAAGGAACAUAACUAUGAGUGGGAAUGGAACAGAUGGGUUGGUGGGCAAGCAUGGGAAUUACAACAUUCUCCUAUCUUUUGGCUUGUCACAGCAUGCUGAUAGCUCCGCUAGCUUGGAAUCAGUAAUUAGUAUUCUUCCUGGGAAGACAAUUUCGACGGCAUCCUGGUGCUGGUUCUAUUAUCUGCUCUCUUGGAUCCUUAUUCUUUCCAUGAGCUUCAAAAUUGGGACCUUAAUUCGUGCCACUUAAGGCUUCAAAAAUAUAGGAAGCUUAAUCAAACCGGGCUCAAGCUAGUUUUUACUUGUGAAAUUCUUGGUAGGUUAUCUUGAUAUUGACUAAAGUUGCAUCAUUAUACAUGAUAUACCUAUAUUUUAGUUUUUAGACAUAAAGCGCAUUGGUGAAUACUGUGCUGUUGACAUUUAUGCGAUCAAACAUUAGUAAAUUAAGUGUUGCAUCGCAGACUUCACGGUGUAGCUUGGAAGCUGCAAAUACUCUUUUACAGUAGUCAAAUACUGUGAUUUUACAUAGAACCAAUGUCUUUAUUUCAGAUCUUCGCCAUGUCA